AUGGACGCAACAUACACAGUGACCCCGACUCCGGUCCCAAGUCAACAUUCGUUUGCAUACUAUCCCGACUCAACAUCACAGCAAGGCCACUACACCAGCCAGCCACAAGACGUGCCAUACUAUGGACAGAUGCAGUAUCCCGGCCAGCAAUGCGCCGAGCAGCCCAUCUACGCGGCCCAGCCCGUCAUGAACAUGCACCAGAUGGCCACCACAAACGCCUUCCGCGGUGCUGCCAUGAGCAUGACUCCCAUUGCCUCGCCUCAACCCUCGCAGAUGAAGCCUGCCAUCUUUGUGCAGCAAGGUUCCCCAGCCUUGAUGCCUAUCGACACCCGCUUCAUCAAUGCCGACCUGUACGCUUUCCCAUCAACGCCGCCAUUGUCCUCGUCCGGAAGCUCCAUCAGUAGCCCUCCGUCCGCCCACGGCACUCUGCACACACCAAUUAAUGACAGCUUCUUCGCCUUUGAAAAGGUGGAGGGCGUCAAGGAAGGCUGCGAGACUGACGUACACACCGAGAUCCUGGCCAACCUGGACUGGUCUCGCUGCGACUCCCCACCCAUGACACCUGUGUUCAUCCACCCGCCAUCACUCACCGCCAGCCAGACGUCGGAUCUUCUUUCCGCCACGUCCUGCCCCUCGCUUUCCCCCUCCCCCUCUCCAGUGCCCUCCGAGUUCCUGGCCCAUUCUCAGGCUUUGACCGCUGAGUCGGUCAGCUCGGUUGGCUCGGACUUCUGCGACCCCCGCCAGCUAACUGUCGAGCCCUCUGUCAACGUUCCCACUCCCCAGGACCUCCCUCCUCUGCCGACUCUCACCUGUGACGAGGAGGCCCCUCGCGCGGUCUUGGGCAGUUCCUCUGUGACCUUGCCUGUGAACGAGAACCCUUCUCCGUCUUUCACCUCUGCCACCGAGGACCCUCUGAGCUCCCUGCCCACUUUCGACAGCUUCUCCGACCUCGACUCUGACGAUGAGCUGAACCGCCUGGUCGAGUUCCACCCGGGCGCCAACGCCGUCUACCUGGGCGGCAAGCGCCAGCGUGUGAGCCAGUACAUUGUCGAGGAUGAUGGAUUUCUGAGUGAGCACAGCCUGGAGGACGCGGACGAUGACGAGGGCUUCCUACACAACGGCAUCCCCUCGUUCGAGUGGACCGAGUCAGCUCAGCCCCAGACCGAGGAGACCGAGGAGAUCACCCAGGCGGAGGAGACCAAGUCCAAGAAGCGCAGCAGCCGCAAAUCGUCGCGCAAGAACUCCAAUGUGGAGAUGGAGGAGGAGGAGGAGGAGGAGGAGGAGGAGGAGCAGCUGGUCAAGAAGAUUGCCGUGGCCCACUCCGAGUGCAGUGCCCCAUCUGUAGGCUCCCCUUGCACCGACUCUGAGCCCGCGCCAGUCUCCGUUAACCGUCGCGGCCGUAAGCAGUCGCUGACGGAUGACCCGUCCAAGACAUUUGUCUGCACCCUGUGCUCCCGCCGUUUCCGUCGCCAGGAGCACCUCAAGCGCCACUACCGCUCCUUGCACACCCAGGACAAGCCCUUCGAGUGCCACGAGUGCGGCAAGAAGUUCUCCCGCAGCGAUAACCUCGCCCAACAUGCCCGCACUCACGGCGGCGGCUCCAUCGUCAUGGGUGUCCUGGACCCCAGUGAGGCUGGGAUGUCCUUCGACGAGCAACAUGACGCCGGUGCCCUGGGCCAGGUGAUGUACGAAGCCGCCCAGUCAGGCGAAGUCGAAGACUCCCCUGCCACGGACCGCCGGGCAGCGAAGAAACGCAAGCGUGACUCUGCCUAA